UUCAGUCCGUCAAGGCACAUUAGUCACACUCUAAAAAAUAAGUUUCUAGAGUCCAGUCCACCAUGGAUGUACGGGCAGGAAUUUUUCUCUACUGGCUUCACUUUAUUUGCGCAGGCGUGUUUGCUGAUGUUUGGAAGGUACAUGUAGAGCCUGAAAUGAAGGCUCUGGUCUCAUCUUGUGUCGUGUUGCCCUGUUCAUUCAAAUACCCUGCUCAAGAACAGCCCUCUGAACGUAUAAGAGCUAUAUGGCACAUGAAGGACAACUGGGAUGAUAUUAUUUUUCACAAAGACCCUACAAGGGUUAAAGACAGUUUCAAGGGUCGUACAAAACUGAUUGGUUCACUGGGUGGUUCCAACUGCUCCUUGGAGAUUGAUAAGGUCAAAAACCAUGACAACGGCCCGUAUUGUUUCAGGGUGGAAUUAGAAACAUCUAAAAAAGACAAGUACUCCUUUGUGGAAAACUGUGUUUCUAUUAAAAUGAUUGAGCAAGCAUCAAAACCAGAGCUGCAGGCUGAGCAGUCUGUGCCGGAGGGUGAACCUGCAGUCUUCAAGUGCUCUGUCCGGCACACCUGUCCGUCCUACCAGCCCACUCUCACCUGGAGCCACACUGGAAAAGUCGUCAUGAGCUACAAGGACAUCAGUCAUGGAAACUGGGAAGCAGAGUCUGUCCUGACCUUCAUCCCUCAAAAAGAGGAUGAUCACACCUCUAUCACAUGCACAGUCAAGCACCACGGGAAUGUCGAGGAUCUCCAAUCCAGAAAUGACAAUGGAGUGUGGAGUCGACUAUCAAGACUGUCUCGCAGGUUUCGUUCAGAUGACGGCAGCAGUGGUCCUGGUGGCAGAGAGCAGAGGAGGUCUAUUUGGAGUAGAUUUUCAAGGAGAGGUCAAGGGCAUCAAAUUGACAGGGAUUCUGACAACAAGGCAAACAACGUAUGUACAGUGUCAGGAAACAAGCCUUUCUCCAAAGCUCGAAUGCCAUCACCAAAGAGUGGGGCCAAAUCACAUUCUGGUCACAGUUACGAUGAUGAUUACACCAACACAGUAGACCUCAACUUAUAUGGAAAUAUCUGAUGAAAAUGCCUCAUUUU